AUGCCACCGACCAGAAGACAAACUGCAAGGUCUUCGCAUCCAAGAGGUCGAGGGGUACUUCGGCGCCUUAUGGACCCAUCUGCAAAUAUAAUCGCAAAUACUUCAAACACUCCCACUAACAACAUUCCAAAUGCCACAUCGUCCAUAUCACAACAAGCUCAGGAUCUUUCUGAUUGGCAAACCAUGCAAGUUGGUGGUCAAGUCAAAUUAUGUACUAUCCACUCUGUAGUAGACUUGAAGAUAGAAAAUGGUGAAGAAUUAGCAUUUAUUACCUAUACUGAUCAAUCUUUAGAACCAGAAUGGGAGCCGGUUAAUAAUCUCAGAAAUGCCGAAACAUUGAUUGAAAGAUGUAGACAGAGACAAGCAGAUCAAGCAGAUCAAGAAGCCCACGCCUCUUAUAUCUGUUCGGCUUCAAAAUCAGUGAAAUUCUCUACGGACCUUACAAACACACGAGAAUUUUCAAAGUUGGAUAUAUUACCUAUUACAAUGCGUGCGCCAAAUCCUGUACAAAUUGAUCCAAAACCAAAACCAAUACUCAAAGCGGUUCAAAACGUAGAAACAGACACGUCCGAUCCAAUGCAAAUAGAUGAAGGUGAAGCUCUUACAGAAAACACUAUCCUUAAAGAGAUGGAUCAGAUGUGUAUGACAAAUGUUAUACCUUUAUCGUACGCCUCACAGUUUGUUAUUAAAGAUGUCUUCCUGCAAGGUGUAUUGUCAAUUGAGUCAGAUAGGAACCUGCAUUCAUAUGAUGCACUUGAAAUAGAACAAAAAUGGCUGAAGGCAAAUGAUCUGGAGUAUGAAUUCGAAAAACUUUGUUUAUUGGGAAUAGUUAAUUCAGAAAAUAUAUGCAACAAAAUUGGACUAAUUCCAACAUCUGAGCGUAUGUUUCUCAUUCCUUAUAAUAUAUCAGAACUAAAAGGACAACAAAACAGCAUGAUUUUACCGAAGCAACUUGUGUUAGGUAUUGAGAAAAUGGAUGACAUUGAAUACUUUAUGUCAGAAGUUAUGUUACAAGCAGAAGGUUAUUAUGAAGUCUUACCACAAAUAUGUGCUAAUAACCCAAAGUUCACUAUAUAUGGGAACCUCCAACAUUCAAAUAAUAAAGCGAUGAUUUUUUGCAUGGAAACAUUGGGUGGAAAAUAUUUUCCAAUAGAUACGAUUGGUGAUAUGACCUUGGAUCUUGUUUUGGUCGAAGUUACCUGGUUGAACCAAUUAAACUUUAUGCCAAAUUUAAUUCGGUUGAGACAUAUGAAAAGAUGUCAAUUUCUCGUCUACGGUUAUGAUAUAAAAAGAUUACAGUCAAUAAAAUUUAAUACAUAUUUCGUACCAGGUGGUCUUUUGGCUGUUUCAACAAAAGCAAUUACGACCGAAUCCCAAGCGAUAGAAAGAAUCUUUGGAACCGCUCAUGUUAAUAAUGGAAAGUGGACAAUAUUAUUAAAUCCAAGAUUGAAAAGUCAUAUUAGCGAAAUAAUGGGUAGAAAUUAUUGGGCAAGAAUUAGUUCGCAAGAAAUCAAGUUCUUUGAAGAGGAUUUAUGGAAACAGUCGCGGCAACGACACGGUAAUAACGAAGUUGGCACACUUUAUUGGGCUGUUUUAAUUUCUUAUCGCAUUCUCGCGUUAAAUGAAAAUCCGCCUCGUCAUUGUGUACUUAUCGUUCACGAAAAUGAAAUACAAUUUCCUCACUCCCAAAUCCCUGGCGUAGAAAUUUUGACAUUGAAAGCAUUCGAAAAGAAAUUUGAUCAGAUUCUUCAAAUUUAUGAAUGA